AUUUCACGUUCUAAUUUUUCUUCAUCGAUGACUUCCAGAGUAAGUUAAUGAUACCGCAAAGAUAAUAUCCGUCGUAAGAAGAAACAGCAAGCCAAGAGGAUGGUACAUAUAAUUAUAUGCGCCCCUCCGGUGUCCCGUUUACCAGCGAUUGUCGGUAGGCUGGGAAUACGGUGGCAUUUACUCAGCACUAUCAAGCCCAUGACAGAUUCAUGAUCGAAAUUGAACACUGUUGCUACCGGAGAGCUCGUGGAAUGCAGGAGGCAGAUAUGGAAGUGCUUCUUCUAACCAUACCGCCCAGCUAUCUCAGUUCAGGGUACCCGUUCUGGGGACCUUCGAUCCCUGGUGCACGUUCAGGUGUGUCUGCACCGAAACUUUCGCAUCCCCUUUCUUUGAUAUUCAACGGGCACCGUCAACCGCGCGAACAUGGAGAAACCUUCUCAUACAGUUCCACGUUGGUUGAGAACGGGACCGGCACCAAUUGCUCCUGCCAAUUUACGGCUGAUGGUCGGUAUCGGAUGAACCUCAACCGCAAUCAGUGGUCGAUGCAGCGUGGCUUCUGGUUCGGUCGGAUCAAUGCCGUUAUGUUUUUUUUGCCUAUCAUGGCUGACCUGGGUGUCCCAUCUCCGUCUCUUUCUUACUUUCUUGCAUGCCUGUUACUACCUUAGGAACUCUCUGUAUACAUUCCCUUCCUUUAAUUUCCAAUUUUCCCCGCAUUUUUCCGCGAUUUUCCGAUCGAGGCAAUUUGGUAAUCUGUGGGGUUCGAUCAUGUGCCUCGGCAGCUGGUGCCGGGUGAUUCAGUAAGUAUACUGGUGCAGAUGCGCAUUUUCUUCUGGUU